GGUUGUUAUUAAUAGUCUCGUCUCUCUAAGUAGUAGUCAGUAGUCACCUAGCUAGCUCGUUCAAGUAAGUAAAAUGGGAGUCAAUUUGGUUUUAUUAGGUGUUUCUACUCUUUAUCUGUUUACUACUACUACUAUUCUUGUUCUUGCUGAAGAUCCGUACAGAUUCUUCGACUGGAACAUUACCUACGGUGACAUUUAUCCACUUGGUAUUCGCCAACAGGGAAUACUUAUCAACGGCCAAUUCCCAGGUCCAGACAUUCAUUCUGUUACCAACGACAAUCUCAUUAUCAACGUCUUCAACAGUUUGGACGUCCCCUUUCUCAUCUCCUGGAAUGGAGUUCAGCAGAGAAGGAACUCAUACGAAGAUGGGGUAUCUGGAACAACGUGCCCGAUACCUCCGGGAAAGAACUUUACAUACAUACUUCAAGUGAAAGAUCAAAUUGGGAGCUUCUACUAUUUCCCAUCUCUUGCAUUCCACAAAGCUGCUGGUGGUUUUGGAGGAAUUAGGAUACUAAGUAGGCCAAGAAUUCCAGUUCCCUUCGAUGACCCCGCUGGUGACUACACUCUCCUCAUUGGAGAUUGGUACAAAUCCAACCACACGGAUUUGAAAGCCCAACUUGAUAACGGUAAGAAGUUGCCUUUCGCUGAUGGAAUCCUGAUCAAUGGUCGUGGAUCUGGCGGAGCAUCUUUGAAUGUGGAACAAGGAAAGACUUAUAGGCUUAGAAUAUCAAAUGUUGGGUUGGAAAAUUCACUAAACUUUCGCAUACAGAACCACAAGUUCAAAUUGGUGGAAGUGGAAGGAACUCACACACUUCAAACCACUUACUCAUCCCUUGAUGUACACGUGGGUCAAUCAUAUUCAGUUCUAUUAACCGCUGAUCAACCUGCUCAAGACUAUUACAUUGUUGUUUCCUCUCGAUUUACAAAUCCUGUACUCACCACCACCGGAAUCCUUCGCUAUAGCAAUUCUGCAGGCCCAGUAUCAGGCCCACCUCCUGGUGGACCCACUAUCCAAAUUGACUGGUCCUUGAACCAGGCCCGUUCCAUUAGAACUAACUUAACUGCAAGUGGACCAAGGCCAAACCCACAAGGUUCUUACCACUACGGUAUGAUAAACACAACAAGAACCAUCAUACUUUCAAGUUCACCUGCUCAAGUCAAUGGUAAACAAAGAUACGCAAUUAAUAGUGUUUCUUAUAUUGCCCCUGACACUCCUCUUAAGCUUGCUGAUUUCUUCAAGAUCUCUGGUGUUUACCGUCCUGGAAGCAUACCUGAUAGACCCACUGGCGGUGGCAUUUACCUUGACACCUCUGUUUUGCAAACUGACUACAGAACUUUUGUAGAGAUUGUCUUCCAAAACGACGAAGACAUCCUUCAGAGCUAUCAUCUUGAUGGCUACUCUUUCUUUGUCGUUGGUAUGGAUGGAGGACAAUGGAGCCCUGCUAGCAGGAACCAGUACAAUCUUCGAGAUGCAGUUUCGCGCUCCACCACUCAGGUAUACCCCAAGUCAUGGACUGCUAUAUAUAUUGCGCUAGACAAUGUGGGAAUGUGGAACUUAAGGUCUGAAUUUUGGGCACGACAAUACCUUGGCCAACAAUUUUAUAUGCGUGUAUACACAACAUCAACCUCACUCAGAGAUGAAUACCCAAUUCCUAAGAAUGCAUUACUUUGUGGUAGGGCAUCUGGAAGACAUACUCGACCCCUUUGAAGAAGGAAGAAUCCCAAUUAGCCUUUACAAUAUCAUCAAAAGCAGCUAUCUUAUUUGCUUUUAUUUUGUUUUAUUGUUUGGUGCUUUCACUAUAAUUUAUGAUGGAAAUGUAUUAUUUGAACUAUAAAUGACCCCAGCUUGAGGUCACAUUCUUUCCAAUAGACAAUAUUAUUCCAUUCCAUUUGUAAUUUCCAAAAGUUUACUAUAAUUACUACAGAGUAAAGGUAAUGGCAACUCUGGCAUUGGCAGAGCAAA